AUGCACGAGCGUGGGCUCAAACGACUACGACACAGCAGUACGCCGUCAACGACUGCCUCCCAAUCGCACACACCGAUGGAAAAGCGAGGACGACUCCGAGAACUCACUCCAGAAGCCGAUGAGUCGUCAGUCAACGCGCCUCACCAUCCCGUCAACUACAUAGCUAAAACUAAUAGACACUCCCUCUCGGAACCAGUUCAGCAUGGAUCCGACAACACCCAAUCAGUAUUAACUAAGCUGAGUAAUGACAACCUCACCAUCUCCCAGAAUAUGACAAAACCAACGCUAUUGGUGCAUAGAGUGCACCCUCAAGCCAAACUACCCAGCUUCCAGAGCCCAGAGGCUGCAGACAUGGACUUGUUCGCCGUCCAACACAUGGACUUGCCACCAGGCCAAUGGGACAAGAUGAGGACGGGCAUCGCUGUGGCCUGA